UGUCAAGUCAGUUUUUGCUGCAAUCCAGCACCGUCAAUAUUUUCAUUCAACAAAUGUUUUUUAAGUAAAAUCCUACUUUUAUUAUUAUACAUCAAAAAUUUUAUAAUACUUUUUUGUGAAUAAUUAUGAUUUAAAAAGUCAAACAUUCCGAUGUAAAAUUAUACUCCCUGCGUCCCUAAACAAACUUUCAUUCCGCUUUUCGAGGGUCAACUUAAAUCACACUUAAACUCUUACUUUAUAUAUCAAAAUUUUAUAAAAAGUGAAUUAUUUUUUGCAGGCUUUGUAGCGGGUUUGAUGUAAUUUCUGAAUAUGUAAAUUGAUAGGGACCCGGGUACUAGUCCAGCUAAUGGGGGCAGAUUUGGAUUGGUGUAUUCGAGAAGGCCCAAAUAAGACUAGUCUUGUUAUUAGUUAAAGCUGUUAAUAACUAAUAACCACCUUCUUUUUAGGGAAGGAUAUAAAUAGUAUUUCCUGAUGCGGAAAUAGUAGGCUUGUUGAGACUUGUUGUCUUGGAUGGGAAGUUAGAGUUUUAUCUCUUUCUUUGGGUUGUUGUGUAACAGAUUGCUGCCAUUAAUAAAAUUCUUGUUCUUGAGCUUUGAUUACUGUUUUACUGUUAUCCAUUGAUCGAUAGUUUCCUAUCAUUGGUAUCAGAGACUCGUCGAGACUGUGAAUGGUUGGAACGAGAAAGAAGAUGGAAGGGCGAAUGACUGAGAUCGAGCGGAACAUGGACAGGAAUCAGCAAGAGACAAAUGCGAAGUUCGAAGAACUAAUCGCAAGGAUGCAAGCUGGUUUCGCGGAGAUUAAGGAGCAGAAGCUUGAUCGAUCGAGGAGUCGAUCUCACCAAUCCACGACUUCGCAUCAUACAGCCCAGCGACAUCGGCAUACGAAGACCAGUGACACUUCGGAGGGUUCAGAUCAUAAUUCCGAUCACUCUGUAUCGCAAACUCAUCGCGAUCAGCAUCGAUAUCACAAACGUCAGCAACCAGCAGGAAGGAAGAUAGAUUUACCUGUCUUCAAUGGUAAGGAUGUUUUCGGAUGGCUUGUAAGGAUGAACAGAUAUUUCCGGCUGAACCAGAUACAGGAGGAUGAAAAAAUUGAUGUGGCUGUCGUAGCAAUGGAAGAUCAGGCAUUGAAUUGGUUUCAAUGGUGGGAGGGACACGCUCCACGUCAGAAUUGGAAAACUUUUACCAAAGCGAUGACCAAACGUUUUCAACCAGACAUGGUGCAGGAUCCGCUCGGGCCUUUGUUCAGUCUGAAACAAAAAGGCACGACUCUAGAAUACAGAGAUCAGUUUGAAACGGCCAUGGCUCUUCAAGGUCACCUAACGGAGGAAGUUCUGAGGAGUAUAUUUCUGAAAGGAUUGAGAAGAGACAUUCGAGCUGAACUGAAACUUUAUUCUGCAAAAUCAUUAGCUAAAGUCAUGAAUCUGGCCACCUUAAUUGAGAAUAAGAAUGUGGAAACCAUGAUUGUCAGAAAUAAGGAUGAAGGAAGGAAGAAAACACAGUAUAAAUCUCAGAAUUGGGGAGAUGUAAAGAACUGGAAGGUUAAUCAGGUCAAUGCUUACAGCACAAUCAAAGGGAUGGAGGACAGUAAGGUAAACAAGGAGGUUAAAGAUCAACACAUCAGUAAAAAUGGUUCCAGACUAUCUCAAGAGGAAUUGCUUGACAGAAGUAAGAGAGGAUUAUGUUUCAAGUGUGGAGAUAACUGGGGAAAGGGGCAUGUAUGCAAAAUGAAAAAUUACAAAAUGAUGUUAGUUAAAAACUCUGAAGGUGAGGAGGAAUCAGAUAUGGAAGAUGAAAGUUCUGAAGGGGGUCAAUCAGAAUCUUCAAAUCAGAAGGAUUCCAAGAUCAUGCAACUAUGUAUAUUAAGCAAGGAAGGCAUUCCUUCCAUGCAGACUUUCAAAGUUAAAGGCAGAGCUGAAUGGCAGGGAAGGGAAAUGCUGGUUAAUGUUUUAAUUGACAGUGGUGCUACCCACAAUUUCUUGUCACAAGAGCUGGUGGAUAAGUGGGCCAUUCCUUAUCAUCCAAUUCAUGGAUAUAAGGUACAAAUAGGAAAUGGUGAAUGUAUUCCUAAUAUGGGCAGAUGUGAUGAGCUGAGAUUGAAGAUCCAGGGCAUUCCUAUUCAGCAAACCUACUAUCUCUUAGGGCUGGGUGGUACUGAUAUAGUCUUAGGGAUGGAAUGGUUGACUGAAUUGGGAGAUAUGGAGGUGAAUUUCAGAAAUCAAAUCAUCAAAUGGCAACAAGAGGGAAGGAACUGCAUAAUCAAGGGGGACACAGUAUCCAAUAAUAUGGAGGUCUCUAUGAAGACCAUGAUGAAUAUAGUGCAGCAAACUGGUGAAGGUUACUUGAUGGUUAUGGAAGAAAAUAUGAGUAAUAUGGAGCAUCAGAGAGAUAUGGAGGAGACUUGGAGGAAGGUAAUUGCUGAAUUUCCUGAAGUUUUUACUUCUGUUUUACCAUUUCCCCCAGCAAGGGCUUGUGACCAUGCUAUCAGAAUAAAAGAGGGAGCACAGAUUCCAAACCUUAGGCCAUAUAGAUAUUCAUUUGACCAAAAAAAUGAAAUAGAGAAGAUUAUUGAGGAAAUGUUGAAAUCUGGGAUCAUCAAGCAUAGUAACAGCCCUUAUAGUAGCCCUAUUUUGUUAGCUAAGAAGAAGGAUGGGGGCUGGAGGUUCUGUGGGGACUACCGAGCAUUAAAUAAGGUUACUAUACCUGAUAAGUUCCCUAUACCUGUGAUUGAAGAGUUGCUUGAUGAAUUGGGGGAAGCUAGAAU